AGUUAUUCAGCAAAAAAAAAAUAUCAAAAUGAAAAAAAAAUGAAGAAAAAGACUAAAAAAUAUGAACGUGAUUUUAAUUGCCGUUUUUGUUUUUACUUUAAACGUUAUAGCAUGUCAGUUCAUUCUAUCUAUAGGAAUACUUUUACCAGAACAAAGUUUAGAUGAAAAUUAUAUAUAUAAUUUAACAGUUGAAAUGGCUGUAAAAAAUUUUAACGUAACAGGUAGCGCACUCAAAUACAACGUAAAAAAACUCAACUGCGAAGAUACUGUUUUAGUUACAGGCAAAUCAAGUGAGUUUUUUUACCAUGAAAAUGUAGAUGUAAUUAUUGGACCAGAUUGUAAAAAAGGGUGUGAUAUAACAAUGAAUGGUGCAGAAUAUGUUGGUGCAAUGAUGAUUUCUUAUGAUUGUACAGAUUAUGAUAACGUGCAGAGUAAAAACUUUGCACGUGUCAAACCAUUUAUUGACAAUGCUGCCAUAAUAGCGGAAUACUAUUCAACUUUAGCUAACCAAUACAAUUGGAAAAUAUUAGGUAUUUUAUUCUCAAGCAAUCUGUUUCAAAAUAUAGCCAUUGAACUAAAGGAGCUGUUGGUUGCUCAGGGUUUUACUGUAAGAGAAAUUGAUAUAUUGAACUACGAGAAUAUUAGUUAUGUUUUAGUUGAUGUUGAAAAUAGUAUGAGAAUUAUACUAACUCUUAUUUGUGAGGAAGAUGUUAUAAAGUUUAUGGUUGAAGCAAAAAAAAAAGGUUGGCUCAAUAGUAGCUUGUAUGGUAUAAUUAACGUAAACUUUGAUCCUAUCGCAGCAGAAAAAGCCAAAAUAAAACUUAAGAUUGAUGAAGAUUUAGAUAAACUUAUGAUUGGCACAUUUCAAAUGAGAGCAAGUACAGUAGAAGAUGAUCAAACAGAAGAAUAUUUAAAUUUCAAAAAUAUUAUCACAAACAAGUACAUAGAAAAGUUUGGAGCACAAAAUUGGGACGGAUUAAAUAAAGUAAUUAUUUCAGCCUCCUACAUUUACGAUUCUAUUUUAUUGUACCUUAAAAAUGCAGAACGACUUGUGGAAAUGAAACAUCAGCAAUACAUUGAAAACAGUAUUAACCAAUUAAAAAAAGAAUGGUAUAAAAGCAUCAGUAAAAAUACAACUUUGUGUAAAAUAUUUAGCGUUACACAAGAAAAUAAAAGCUGCACUGUGUGUAAUACUGAAUGUGUUUUAAGCACUGGAUGUUAUAAUUGCACAAAUUCAAGUUUUCUCACAUUUAAUACAAAUCUGAUUAACUACACAGCACUGGAAGCAAAUUUUAAUAUAGCAGAACUGUUUGAAAACUAUUCAAUGAUAUCUAUGGAGAUCACAAAUACCUCAACAAUUGGAACAACUGGAGCAAUUAAUAUUGCACAAGGUGGAUCACGUAUACCUGAUGCUUUACUAAUAAAUGUACUUGAUAAUUAUAAGCUUUUAUACAUUUAUAGAGAAUCUGAUUUAACUAACCUUGCCGAAGCAAUAAAAAAUUUUACAAAGUAUAUAAGGUGGUUAGGAGAGCAUGCCCCAAAAGAUCAACCUAAAUGUGGAUUUGACACACAGUGCAAUGAAAACAAAAUAGACAAAAAUAAAAUAUACUUAGCAAUAGGCAUUUGUAUUGCAUCUAUAAUCACUUUGAUUAUCACAUGGAAAAUAUAUAAAGUGCAAAAAUAUGAAAAUGAUAUAAGCAGUAAAGCAUCUUUUAUAAACAUUGAAGAUAUAAAAAGCACUAUUAUUUUGAAGUCUCAUAUACAUAUAGGUGAAAUUCUAAAAGAAAAAGGUGAAGUUAAUAAAGCAAAUGGCAUUAAAAAGUUGCAAGCAAUAUAUCAAAAUAAAACAAUUAUGCUUAAAAAGUUACCGAAAGAACGUAUCUUUAUAACAAGAGAUAUCUCAAUUGAGUUAAAAGAAAUGAGAGACUUGGAACAUUCAAAUCUUGCAAAGAUCAUAGGUGUUACUAUACAAACGCCUUAUAUAUGCAUUGUUCAGAAUUAUUACAAAAAAGGUAGUUUAUAUGAUGUACUUUUAAAUGAAGAUAUCCAGCUGGACUGGGUGUUCAAAAAUACUUUUUUAUUAGAUAUAGUAAAUGGAAUGUGUGCAUUGCAUGAAAGUCCAAUAAAGCUACACGGACACUUAACAUCUAAAAACUGUUUAAUUAAUCAUAGAUGGGUACUGCAGAUUUCAGAUUAUGGAUUGACAGAAUUCAGUGCAUGCAACCGUUCAAUUAAAGCAGAAUCUAUUGAAAAAGAACAAGGAAAAUACGAGUCUUUAUUAUGGACAGCACCAGAAAAUAUAAAUAUACCACAGAAAGUUAGCAAAGCAGGUGAUGUAUACAGUUUUGGAAUUAUUAUUGCUGAAAUUAUAAACCGAAAAGCACCCUAUUAUGAGCACAGUGAAUUACGACCAAGUGAUAUUAUUCAUUACGUAAAAAAAAGAUGCAUACCUCCAUUUCGCCCACACGUUACCUUACAGACUGGGUUAGAACCUAAACUGCUUGAUAUCAUGAACAGUUGCCAAAGUGAAUUAGCAGAGGAAAGGCCUACAUUUAAAGAGGUAAAACUCUCAUUAAAAACUAUUUUUGGAGAUCGAACAGAUAUACUUGAUAACAUGAUAGAAAUGAUGGAAAAAUAUAGUUCAGACCUUAAUAAAGCAGUGAAAGAAAGAUCAGAAAUGUACAAAAAAGAAAAAAUCAAAUCAAAUGAGCUACUUUACAGAUGUGUACCUGCACCAAUUGCAGAAGAGUUACUUGAAGGAUCCACCAUUGAGCCGCAACAUUUAAGUUUGGUUUCUUUACUGGUUGUCAAGUUAGAAAAUUUUAAUAAAAUAUGUGAAAUGCUAUCACCUCAAAAAGCAAUUAAUGUAAUUAAUGACUUUUAUAAAAUGGUAGAGAAAGUGCUAUUGGCAGAUGAAUGCAAAAGCAUCUUCAAGUUGAUUUCUAUUCGAGAAGAAAUUGUUUUAUGUUCUAAUAUAAAAGGAUUUAAAAUCACUUCAGAAGCAGCUGAUCUGGCAAGAAUUGCAGUUAAAAUAUCUAUAGAAUUGUCUACUUAUCAGUGGAGAUACAUUAAACACAGUAACAUAAAGUUAUCUAUGGUUAUUCACUCAGGUUCUGCAACAGGAGUUGUAAUCGGAAACAAAGUUCCUGUUUACAGCAUAUUUGGAAAUAUUAUAAACUAUGCUCGAUCACUAUCUGAUUAUGUACCUAUAAAUACAAUUGUUGUAACAGAAAAUACAACAAAUUUAUUAAGAAAUGAUAAGAAUUAUGUCUUUGAAUAUGCAGGCGAAAACGAGGUUUAUGGCAAAUGCUUUACACCUGUUGGUCCUGUGAAUGACUGAUAAAGUAACCCAGGUGAUGAACAAGGAAGAGAAGAAGAUGGUAAAGGCAGUAUUAUUUGUUUCUAUAUGCUAUGGACCCUGGUUCCUAAAAAGCCUAUAUGACAAAAAAUUCAACUUCAAAUGACUUAGCUGCCUUAAAGUCAUUGUUUGAAAUAUGGGACUACUACCUAAAACUAGGACAGGCCCUUUUUGUCAGCAUGCAGCAACAUGCUUGUACUUAACAGAACAGUUAUAUUGGUCCUAGCUGACAAUUAUGUUAAAGAGAAGGUAAAGAAGAAAAUGUUUUGAAAAAAUCAACAUUUGCUUAAAAAUUUAUUGCAAUCACCAAUUGAAAAUGAUUAAGACGGACGUGUGGAUAAGUUGCUAUUAUUGACUUGGUAGAUUGGCAUAGUUGAUUUAGAGCUGGUAAAACUUGUGAACAUAUACAACAGAAGUGUGAACAACUGCGAAUAGAUUGAAUAGAUUUCGUUGUUGAAAUAUUUCUGUAGUUUGCAUUUCAGAUUUAAAAAGUUUUGAUUGAAGCUGAACAAAAGCAUUCUUAGAUAAAUUACUGCAUAGUGAGUUGGUAUAAUAUUUGUCCAAUACUUAGUGCCAAACUUGGCAAUACACACCAACAUCUAAAGGCUGAAGAAUGCGUGACAUGAGUUGAUAAGCAUACGAGCUUGACAUUGUUUUUAAUACAUAGAAGAGAAACCUGAUAUCUAAUGUGUGUGCUGUGGCCAUUAAGUACUAAAAUGGGUAACAGGAAUUUUUUUAGGAAGCUGGAACUAGCUGGAAUUUUUGUAUAGUAUGCAUUGAAUGAGUUGUUUGUUUUCAAACCAACCUGAUGGUGUUCAUUCUGUAGUUUUUGAGCUUUUUGUACACUAAAUUACUACCAGGUAUUUGGCUUUUAAAAUUAUUAACUGUUAAAGUGCAACUCCAGCAGAAUUUAUGCAGAAUUUUCUUCUGUGUAGUUUAUAUUUUGAUUAUUUCUGGUUAUUUAAGAGGAUGCUUGGAACUACGUUUGCAGAAAAAUGUUUCAUUACUCUUGUCACUAUUGAAGCCAAUUUCAAAAAAUUUUUAUACAUUUGAUGCAGAGUAUUUAUCAAUAUUUGCUUCAAAUAAUUGAGUCUUACAUGUAUUGAAAUAUUUACCUUCAAUUUUGUUACCUUCAAUACAAAAAGCUGCGUUUGGUAGCAAAAUUUUAACUGCAGUUAUCACGCUUAAUCGAUGUUUCAAAUGUUUGAUGAAAGCAUAGUACCGUGCUUUGCCUGGUUUAUCGUUAAUAAAUAAAUUAGUUUGUUUUGUAUGUUGUUAAUAACUGGCAACACAAUCAAAAACUUGCUUGCUGGUUCUAUCGAAAACCCAAUUAGCAAGUUUAACAAAUAUCUUAAAUAAUUUUUUUAAUUCAGUAAAAGUACUUAAAAUAAUGACAAUGCCAGCACCAAUAGAGCGCGUAAGGUUCUUUAUUCUGAACAAUAAAGUUGCCUUUGGAAUGUCAUAAAUGAUGCUUUACAUAAUAAUAAACCACCAGACUUUAUUUUUAAAAAUGCAGCAUUAAGUUGCUCAUCAGUGAUAUUGAAAAAAUUGCACCAUCAUUUUUGAAAGAAAUAAAGUCUAUAGGAGUUGCAUUCCCUGACUGGAUAUCAGAUUUAAUUAUAUG